AGGCCCCUGAAGAAACACUAUCAAAAUCCCCGGGCUACCAGUUACUCAGUUACUACUUACUAUAAGCAUUAAGCGGGCCCUUGCGCCUUUUCCCGCCACCCCUACUUCAGUCUUCACUCUUGAAACCGCAUUUGUAUCCAUCGGCUCGACGGCUCCUUCAGUAGCAGGCGAAGAUGUUGUGGGUCGACAAAUACCGCCCAAAAACCUUAGACAAGGUCAUCGUGCACCAAGAUAUUGCUCAGAAUCUUAAGAAACUGGUUACAGAACAAGAUUGCCCGCAUUUACUCUUUUAUGGGCCACCAGGGUCGGGUAAGAAAACCCUAAUCAUGGCCCUCCUCCGGCAGAUAUUUGGAGCCAGUGCCGAUAAAGUGAAAGCUGAGAACAAAGUUUGGAAAAUUGAUGCUGGAAGUAGGACUAUAGAGGUAGAGCUCACAACAUUGUCAAGUACUAACCAUGUAGAAUUGAGUCCCGGUGAUGCUGGAUUUCAAGACCGAUAUGUUGUUCAAGAGGUGAUAAAGGAGAUGGCAAAGAAUAGACCAAUUGACACCAAAGGAAAGAAGGGAUUCAAAGUACUAGUGUUGAAUGAAGUCGACAAACUCUCAAGAGAAGCACAACAUUCUCUUCGAAGAACCAUGGAGAAAUAUAGCACAUCAUGCCGUCUGAUCCUUUGCUGCAACAAUUCUUCAAAAGUUACAGAAGCUGUCCGUUCUCGAUGCCUCAAUGUACGAAUUAAUGCACCAAAGGAAGUAGAGAUUGUAAAGGUUUUGGAAUUUAUUGGUAAGAAAGAAGGACUUCAACUCCCACCAGGACUGGCUGCUCGUAUAGCAGAAAAGUCAAACAGAAGUCUGAGAAGAGCAAUAUUGUUAUUUGAGACUUGUCGUGUUCAGCAGUAUCCCUUUACAAACAACCAAGCAAUACCUCCAAUGGACUGGGAGGAAUAUGUUGCAGAGGUUGCAUCAGACAUAAUGAAGGAACAAAGCCCUAAAAGGUUGUUUCAGGUUCGAGGAAAACUGUAUGAACUACUUUCUAAUUGUAUUCCACCUGAUGUUAUUUUAAAGAGGCUUCUUUUUGAGCUGAUGAAGAAAUUGGAUUCCGAGUUGAAACACGAGGUCUGCCAUUGGGCUGCAUAUUAUGAACAUAGGAUGCGCUUGGGACAGAAGGCGAUAUUUCACCUUGAAGCAUUCGUGGCCAAAUUUAUGAGCAUUUACAAGAACUUCCUCAUUGCAACCUUUGGAUGAGAGAAGUUCAACAUUCCCCGAGGCCUGCAAGGUUAAAUUGUGUGUUUUAGUUGUGUGAACAGUGAUGCCCAAAGCUCUGGAUUUCCUUCAACUUCUUUUUCUUUUAAAAUUAUGGAAUACACACUCCCCUGGCUCUUUAGGUUUGAUUUUGUGAAAGUAGCAAGUAAUUUGACAAGUUCAGAGAAAAUUUGUUGCCCUAUCCUAUAAAAUAAUUCAAAUCAAACCAAAAACCUUGAAAACACAACUAUUGAACUCACCAAGUUAUUUUUGCAGUUUUGGUGACUAAAUCAUGAUCUGACCUGCAGAUGGUCUAAUCUCUUUGUUGGGUUCUUCCUCAGUGGGAUUUCAUCUAGUUGCGUAUCUCUUGCACCAUUCGUACUAAGAAGAGGAAUUGAUUACCUGUUUCUUUAAUAAGCAAUGAAAUUUAUUUCUAUCUUUUCAUUUCAACUCAUAAGUAUUGAGUUGGAAGUUGGAACUACAAGGAAAAAGGCAUUAGUGUGUUAAAUGCAAGUGAAACACAAUCAGUGAACUGUCGAUAGAUCCCUUUGCCUGGUUUGAAUUGUAUUUUGAACCGGUUCAACUCUGGUCUAGUUCUUUUCCCUACAUAAUACUACGUAUGUUUCAUAUCUGAGUGAGAUUCAAUUUUACAUUGAAA